CGGCCAUUUUGUGAGUGUGUGCUGGAUCGGGAUAUUUGUAUUAAAAAGCUUUUCCAGUAAAACCGAAUGAUUUAGUUUACGAGACGGACUCGCUUUACUUUUAUUACAUGUGCUAAGAGUGCGGGAUAUUCGUAGACUUCACGUAGAUUCGUACGAUGGAGGAAAAACUAUCGUUGAAGGAGCUCGACCAGUGGAUAGAACAUUUAAAUGACUGCCGACCACUAACAGAAACCCAAGUAAAAGCUCUGUGCGAGAAGGCAAAAGAAAUUUUAGCUAAAGAAUCUAAUGUACAAGAAGUAAAAUGUCCAGUAACAGUAUGCGGAGAUGUACAUGGACAGUUCCAUGAUUUAAUGGAAUUGUUUCAAAUAGGAGGCAAGUCUCCAGAUACAAAUUAUCUUUUUAUGGGUGACUAUGUAGAUCGAGGCUAUUAUUCAGUUGAAACUGUUACUUUGCUUGUUGCACUCAAGGUCAGAUACCGAGAAAGAAUAACUAUUUUACGAGGUAAUCAUGAAUCGAGACAAAUCACACAGGUAUAUGGAUUUUAUGAUGAAUGUUUACGUAAAUAUGCCAAUGCUAAUGUGUGGAAGUUCUUCACGGAUCUAUUUGAUUAUUUACCAUUAACUGCUUUGGUGGAUGGUCAAAUAUUUUGUUUACAUGGUGGUUUAUCACCUUCUAUCGACACUUUAGAUCAUAUACGUGCCCUAGAUCGCCUUCAAGAAGUGCCACAUGAGGGUCCAAUGUGUGAUCUUUUGUGGUCAGAUCCAGAUGAUAGAGGAGGAUGGGGUAUUUCUCCUCGUGGGGCAGGGUAUACUUUUGGACAAGAUAUUUCAGAAACUUUUAAUCAUUCUAAUGGCCUGACAUUAGUGUCACGAGCACAUCAAUUAGUUAUGGAGGGCUACAAUUGGUGUCAUGAUCGUAAUGUUGUAACUAUAUUCUCAGCACCUAAUUAUUGCUAUCGCUGUGGAAAUCAAGCUGCAAUCAUGGAAUUAGAUGAUGCAUUAAAAUAUUCAUUCCUUCAAUUUGACCCAGCUCCAAGACGUGGUGAACCACACGUUACUAGGCGGACACCAGACUAUUUCUUGUAAAGAAUCAAACCCCAGAGUUAACUAUUAAGGUAGGGGUAUGGAAAUGAUUCAGGCUUUAUAGCAAUGCCACUGAACAUAAUUUAUGAUAGAACAUCAAUAAAAGUGUGAGGUUCCAACUAUCCUUACACAUUACAUUAUAGUCUGAAGUAUUACAUCAUGACUCACUUUGUGAUGUCUUGUUGAAAGACGGAACACACAACCGCGUAUUUUGCGUGUGUCCCACACACCAUACAUGUAGACACAACAUUAAUUGUAUACAAAUAGAAAAAAAAAACAAAUAAUAAUGUACACACGUACCAAUUAAAAUUCACGUAUAGCAUUGAGUUCUACAACUUUCAUUGUAUUGCUUGUAUUUUUAUUAUCAAGAAACGAAAGAAAUGAACAUAAUAAGUAGUACGAACAAAAAAUGUACAUGGUAUUGUUUUGAAACCUUGAACAAAUAUUAAUUUAUUGAAAACUGUUUAUACAAGCAAGAUGAUUUGCGUGUUGCAUUCAUCGUGUACUGAAUAGAAAUAAUGUUGUCUAAGGUUUCAGAAAGUGUACCAAACUGAUCAUAGUUUAUAUUUAAGAGAGUGUCACAUAUAAUAAUUAGUGUGAAUGGAGCAUGAAAUGUUCCACUUGAGGGAAAUACAAAGAGGAUUGAUGC